AUGAUGGAACAAUAUGAAGAUCCAUUUAUGGAUACAGAUGAUAAUAUAUAUGGAGAUAGUGAUAAUGAUUGGUUUAAGAAUAUAAGUGAAUCGGAUUUGAAGAAAAUAAGUGAUCAAUAUGUAGAAUAUUUGAGAUUUAUUAAGGAUAAUUGGUCAUCAUGUCAUGCUUCAAAGAUAUUAAAUAAUAAAUUAAUUAGAUAUAUUACUCCUAGAUUUAGGCAACUAUCUGCUCCGUUAAGGGUUAGAAUAUUAACAUCAUUUCUAUAUAUAAAAGAACAUUUGAGAUUAGAAUGUCAAAAACAAUUAUUAAAAAUACUUAAAUUCUCCGAAACUGAUGCUAAUGAAUGGGUUAGAAAAAUGGGCAAAUUAGUGAAACCAUAUAUAAAUACUGGAAUGAUUGAUUUAAGACUUAUUGAUACAGAAACAGCAUUUCGUAUUAUUACAUUUCUUGAUGAAAAAUUAUUGGAAUCUGGAUGUGAUGAAUAUAUUAGAAAGCCUGGAAUUGAUGAAGUACAUAUUUGUAAUCCAAAUGAAUUUGAUUUUGAAAAUAAAAAUAAAAACUCAAAAGAUGAUGAAUAUACACUUUAUACACCUAGACAUAAUUUCGAUUUUCUAGGUGAAACUCUAAUUAAAAAAGCUUUAAUUACACUUAAAGAAUCAUAUAAUCAACAAUAA